ACGGAGGUCGGAGGGUUCGCGUGUGUCUGAUUCCUGCAGUGUCACUCGUCCGCGGCGGAAGAUCAGAACCGAAAAAUAAAGGACCCGCUUUUAUUUCUCUUUUCAUAAUUUUGUAUCGAUUUCAAUGGAUUUGUGAUUCGUUCUCUGCGCAUGCAACAGCUCACUACUACAUCUGUACAUCACCAGUAGCUGACUACCCCUUGAAGUCCGCCUUUCGACUCUCUCUCCCCUCAACUGUUUCUCUCCCUCUCUCUCUCUCUCUCUCUCUCUCUCUCUCUCUCUCUCUCUACUUUCUCUCUCUGAAAAGAUUGUUCUUGCAUUUUACCAAAUCCUACGGUCUUCAUUGAUUCUGGGUUGGGCUUGCACUUAGUGAGAGUGGCUGGCUUUUCUUUCUCUUCUAUUCUCAGCUGGUGAAUCGGACGGUCGUCAAGGCUUGAUCUUUCAUCAAAUCUCUGCUUCUUGUUUUGCUUUCUUUUGGAGAUUCACAGAGGAAGGCCGGAGCUUUUAUUGUUUCCAUGCUUCUUAUGAAAAUAAAGUAAAAAACUUGGUUGUCCAUGAAGUCACCAAACUCAUGGAUAUGGAUGUUCAAGAAAAAGAAUUCUUUUUCUGAUGGGGGUAAAAGCGGAAUGAAGAUGAAGCAGCUGUCAUUUAUGGGAGUUGUAUGUACAGUAAUGUUGUUCGUUGUGUAUAGAACCACCAACUAUCAGUAUCAAGCUUAUCAGCAGACAGAGAUGGACGCAAAGUGGAAUCCCUUUGAUACAGUGAAGGAAAUUUUUGUGACUUCGAGAAAGUUGGACGGUUUACCACGUGGCAUUAUACAACCUAGGUCAGAUUUAGAGCAAAGGCCUCUAUGGUUGACAAGUAGUUCAAGGUUAAAGGUCGGUGAUUACAGCAACCGUAACUUGCUGGCUAUUCCGGUUGGUAUUAAGCAAAAGGAUAGUGUUGAUGGCUAUUGUGGGAAAGAAAAUUUUACCGUUAUCCUAUUCCAUUAUGAUGGGAAUGUUGAUGGGUGGUGGGAUCUUGAGUGGAGCAACGACGCCAUACACAUAGUUGCCCAAAACCAAACAAAGUGGUGGUUUGCCAAACGCUUUCUACAUCCAGAUAUUGUGUCCAUUUAUGAUUACAUAUUCCUUUGGGAUGAGGAUUUGGGGGUUGAGAAUUUUCAUCCAGGAAGAUACCUUGAAAUUGUAAAAGAAGCGGGACUGGAGAUAUCUCAGCCAGCUUUGCAUCCAAAUUCAACAGAUAUACAUCAUAGAAUUACAAUUCGUGCUAAAAAAAAGAAGUUUCAUAGAAGAGUCUAUGACACCAGAGGCAGCACAAAGUGUACAGAAGCAAGUCAGGGACCACCAUGCACCGGGUUUGUGGAAGGCAUGGCUCCGGUUUUUUCAAGAGCUGCCUGGCAUUGUACUUGGCAUCUUAUACAGAAUGAUCUUGUACAUGGAUGGGGUCUGGACAUGAAACUUGGGUAUUGUGCACAGGGAGACCGUACCAAGAAAGUCGGAGUUGUUGAUAGUGAAUAUAUUGUUCAUAAGGGAAUACAAACUUUGGGAGAAGGUGGUUCGUCGACAAACAAGGUUCCUGAGAAGAAGAGUAAGAAACGAGCUGCUCCUGGGCAUGACAUGCGAAUUGAGAUUAGGAGGCAGUCUACACGGGAGUAUACAACCUUCAAAGAGCGGUGGAAUAACGCAGUAGAAGAGGACUUGAACUGGAUUGAUCCAUUUAAAAGCAGCCUAAAACGCAGGAAACAGCGUAGACGCAACAACCAGUUGAGCUCUUAACUUACAAAUCCAACAGCGUAGACGCAGCUUCAUUCAGAGGCGCUAGGUCUCGUCUAUACCCCCAUAGUUUGUGUAGCGUUUCAUUGAACCCGUAAUUAAUUCAUUAUUUGAAUUCUUCACAAGUUUUGUUCCUUGCAAUUCAGAUUUUGCCUCCCCA